AUGUAUCCACCAAGACUAUUCUCCCCCUCUUCCCUUCUGCCGCCACCACCGCCACGUGUUCAACCUUAUAUAUAUCCACCACCGUAUCCUCCGAUUCCGUCCUCGUUUCCUCACCGUCACACCAACGACUACUAUUCGCACAACAGUGGUACACAUCAGCAAACCCUAACUAAUAGCGGUUGCGGUGGAAUUGCACCGCCUGACUCGAGUUACAAUUUCAUAGGUGCACCCGUGGCUAAUGGCUCUAGAGUUGCUCCUCCUAUUCCGCACCCUCUACCUCCACAUCAUGGGCUAUAA